UCCGACAAACGACAGUGAACACAGUGCAAAGCGGUGCGUAAGACGCUGGCGAGAGGAGGGGCAGACAACCAACCCGUCCUCGGAGUUCGAAAAGGCUUCGAGAGGGACAACAAUUUUGCCAAGUCUGACUCCCUAUCUUCUUCUAAUAGGCAAAAAUCUCUAUCGCUCUCUCAGAAACUGUGAACUGAAUUGGAUGGAGUUGGAGGUGAGGUUGGUGGGGGGAAUUGAGAACUGCUUCGUGUCGCUACCUCUUCCUCUGAUCCAAACCCUUGAAUCCACCCGCUCCGGUCUCGGCCAUCUCCCUCAGGUUCUCGCUCUCGAGCUUCGCUCUCUCAAGGAUCACCAGCUCUGGCGCGUCGCUUGGUCCGGCGCCACGUCCACUUCUUCCGCAAUUGAGGUUGCCCAGCAAUUCGCGGAAUGCAUUUCCUUGCCAGAUCAUGCUACAGUUCAAGUUCGAGCUGUUUCCAAUGUGCCAAAGGCUACUAUGGUUACUAUAGAACCCCACAGUGAGGAUGAUUGGGAAGUUUUGGAGCUUAAUUCGGAGCAUGCAGAGGUAGCUAUAUUGAACCAGGUCAGAAUUGUCCAUGAAGCAAUGAAAUUUCCUUUGUGGUUGCAUGGCCGCACUGUCAUUACAUUCCUUGUGGUUUCAGCCUUUCCCAAGAAAGCGGUGGUGCAACUUGUGCCAGGAACUGAAGUUGCAGUUGCUCCAAAGAGACGCAAGAAAAAUGUGAACUCACAGGAAGGUCAUUACAUGCAAUCUUCUACUAAAGAACAACAUUUUGCAAGGGCACUAUUGCGCAUUCAAGAUCCAGACAGGAGAUUUAUUCACAGAAGUUAUGUUAAUGGUGUUGAGCUUGGUGUGGCGCUCACUUCUGUUGCUUUUAUUCACUCAGAAACAGCUAAAAGCUUCUCAUUAGAUUCUCCUCAGUUGGUUGUUAUAAUUCCAAGGUCAUCACCAGAAGAAAGCUUAAAAAAUUCUGAUAAUGAUGCCUUGAGAACAAAAAGCAGUUCAACUCCAAAGGUUGCUGACAUUGGAAAUUUAACUGACAAGAAGAAAAAUCGUCAAUCAGUUGUUCACCUUUUAAUUUCAGAAUCGGUGGCUAAAGGACAUGUAAUGAUUGCAAAGUCUCUUCGUCUUUAUUUGGGAGUUGGCUUGCAUUCAUGGGUUUGUCUAAGGGCAUGCAAUGUUAAUUUGAAAAAGGAUAUCCCAUUUCUCUCGCUUUCUCCUUGCCACUUUAAGAAGUUUGGGAAGAAUAAAGUUCUUGAGAAAAAUGGUCUAGAAGUGCUUGAUACCCAUAAAAGUCGCAAGGUAAAAAACAUGCUUCUGGAAACUAGCUCGGGCUCCUAUGUGGAUCAUGUAGAUUGGUCUAUCCAUGACGAAGUUGUUGCUGCUCUUUGUUAUGAAUCUCCUCGUAAGGAGGAUGAGAGGGAUGCUUGUCAGUCUGACAGUGGAAACGGAUUACAGUGUCUUCUCCGGGCAUGGUUUCUGGCGCAAGUUGAUGCUAUUGCUUCAAAUGGAGGAGCAGACAUUAGUCCAUUGCUUUUGGGAAAUGAAACUUUGCUUCACUUUGAGGUGAAAGGUUGUAAGCGUGGGACUAAUGGAAAGUUACAGGCUUCAUCCGAUGGUUCUUUGGAAGAAAGAAGUAAGACUAUGGAAAUGCCGAUCGAAAUCUCGUAUUUAUUGAUUAUUUUCGAUGAAUCUCUUCAUGGUGGAAAAGUUAAUGCAUAUGAGAUUGCUUUUGAUCAAAAGAACAAUAGUCUGGGUGGUGCGCUUGAAAAUCUGAAUUUAGGGAACCCUGUCUCCUUCUAUGCUGUCCAAGAGAGAGCCUCUGACAAAGACAUUAGUUCAGAUCUAUCUUCCUUGAGUUGGAUGGGGACAACUGCAUCUGAUGUUAUUAAUAGGAUGAUGGUCUUGUUAUCUCCUUCUUCUGGGAUGUGGUUCAGUUCUUACAAUCUUCCUCUCCCUGGGCAUGUUCUAAUAUAUGGACCUCCGGGUUCUGGAAAGACAUUUUUAGCAAGAGCUGUUGCUAAAUUCCUUGAAGAUCAUGAAGGCUUCUUAGCACACAUCAUUUUUGUCUCUUGCACUCGACUUGCUUCAGAAAAGGCCGUGAUCAUUCAAAAAGAACUUUCCAGCUAUAUAUCUGAUGCUUUGGAUCACGCACCUUCAAUUGUCAUCUUUGAUGAUCUCGACGGCAUUAUUUCAUCCUCUUCCGACUUGGAAGGAUCUCAACCUUCAACAUCUGUUGUUGCACUUACAGAAUUUCUGACGGACAUUAUGGAUGAAUAUGGGGAAAAGAGGAAGAGCUUAUGUGGAAUUGGUCCUAUUGCCUUCGUAGCUUCUGUCAAGUCACUAGAGACUAUACCACAAUCAUUGAGCUCUUCAGGAAGGUUUGACUUCCAUGUUCAACUGCCUGCUCCUGCUGCCUUAGAACGUGGGGCUAUAUUGAAGCAUGAAAUUCAGAGGCGUUCCUUACAAUGUUCUGAUGAAAUCUUGCUAGAUAUAGCUUCCAAAUGUGAUGGCUAUGAUGCAUAUGAUCUGGAAAUACUGGUUGAUAGAUCUGUUCAUGCUGCCAUUGCUCGUUUUUUGCCUUCUCAUUCUGCAUUUGACAAGGAUGAAAAACCCACAUUACUCAAGGAAGAUUUUUCCCUGGCAAUGCAUGAAUUCCUUCCAGUUGCCAUGCGUGACAUCACUAAAUCUGCUCCUGAAGUCGGUCGCUCCGGGUGGGAUGAUGUUGGUGGUCUUACUGACAUUCGGAAUGCUAUUAUAGAGAUCAUUGAGUUGCCUUCAAAGUUCCCAAAUACCUUUUCACAAGCUCCUUUAAGGUUGCGGUCAAACAUUCUCUUAUAUGGGCCUCCUGGUUGUGGCAAGACACAUAUAGUGGGUGCUGCUGCUGCUGCUUGUUCCUUGCGAUUUAUAUCAGUGAAAGGGCCCGAGCUUUUAAACAAAUAUAUUGGUGCUUCUGAGCAAGCUGUUCGGGAUAUUUUCUCAAAAGCAGCUGCUGCAGCACCAUGCCUUCUCUUUUUCGAUGAAUUUGAUUCUAUUGCCCCAAAAAGAGGGCAUGAUAAUACUGGAGUAACUGAUCGUGUUGUUAAUCAGUUUCUAACGGAAUUAGAUGGUGUUGAAGUUUUGACUGGUGUAUUCGUUUUUGCUGCAACAAGUAGACCAGAUUUACUUGACGCUGCACUGUUGAGACCUGGUAGGCUAGAUCGCCUUCUAUUCUGCGAUUUUCCAUCCCCGCGUGAGAGGUUGGAUAUUCUUACAGUUCUCUCUAGAAAGCUACCAUUGGCCAAGGACGUUGAUUUAGAUGCCAUAGCUCGUAUAGCAGAAGGAUUUAGUGGGGCUGACCUCCAAGCUCUGCUUUCAGAUGCACAGCUUGCUGCAGUUCAUGAGCUUUUGGGCAGUGCGGAUGCCAAUGAGCCAAAUAGAAAGCCAGUAAUAACUGAUGCUCUUUUGAAAUCUACUGCUUCUAAGGCAAGACCCUCUGUUUCAGAAACGGAGAAGCUGAGACUGUAUAGCAUUUACGGAGAGUUUCUGGGUUCAAAGAGAUCUGUUGCUGCACAGACAAGAGAUGCCAAAGGCAAGAGGGCAACUCUAGCGUGACAAAUAACAGAGCUCUUGUAACCAACCGGAUGAGUGGAAUGUGCUAUAUGGUGUACCGACCAAUCUCCAUGCACCAAAUAUGGGGGACAACACCACAUAGGCUUUGGGGGAUACAUCACCGCUAGCAUUACUCGUCUUACAUAUAUAUCCUCCUGUUCGUUUCUUAUAUUCAUUUUUAAUUUCUCUUGGGGGGGGGGGGGUUGGUUUAAAAUGUAGAAAUCCCAAUUGAUUGUAAUAUCUCUAAACUCAAAACAUAAAAUUAAAGUAUCCAAUUGAAUAAAAAACUUUGAUUAGGUCUGUACAUGUCCAUAUUAGAUUUAAUUUGAGAAGAGAUAUGCUAUUUUUAUUUCUCGUCUAACUCCAUUCACAUUUUUUUCAAAUCUAUCAUUGAAUUUGUUCACUAGUAGAUUUAAAAAAAAGAUGGACAAGAGUUGGAGAAAUAACAUAUCUCAUUUGAGAGAGUGAACUUUGGAGAAUGUGAAAUAAAUGUAAAUUGAGGAUUUGUGAUCUCAUUGUAGAAUUCGAUGUUUGGCAUUAUUAUAAGACCAAGUUUAAUUAGCUG